AAGUCGCUUCUGACUUAGGCUGACUCUAAGGUGAAUCUAGCAUGGUUUUUUCUUGUCAGAAUUUGUUCAUAGUUGGUUUGCCCUUUCUCUAAGGUUAGGGAGUGUGACUUGUCAAAGGUCACCCAAUGGGUGACCAAAGCAGAGUGGAGAUUUGAACGCGGGGCUUCUAGUGUCCUAAUCUAACACCCAAACCAUUGCACCACACUGACUCUGUCUUACAAAACAGCAUAGAGGAGGAACCUGGUAUACACUGCAAUUUGGUUCCAAGACUACUAGAAUUUUGGAUGUUUAAGUCCCAUUGUUUACAGUGGCAUAGUAAAAUUGUAAGUUAUUUAAAAAAUAGCUUUAAGCUGUGGAUGGUGGAAUCUGUAGGUUCAGAAUCUGUGGAUACGGAGGGAUGAAUGUUCUGUGUAAAUAUCUAUAAAAUUGUGUGGCUUUCAUGGCCAGAAUCACUAGGUUGCUGUGAGUUUUCCAGGCUGUAUGACCAUGUUCCAGAAGCAUUCUCUCCUGAUGUUUUGCCCACAUCUAUGGCUGACAUCCUCAGAAGUUGUGAGGUCAUCUAUAAAAUUGUCCCUCUCCCUUCCUUCCUUCCUUCCUUCCUUCCUUCCUUCCUUCCUUCCUUCCUUCCUUCCUUUUUUCCUUCCUUCUUUCUUUCUUGAAUUAGUCAUUGUUAUUUGAAACACUUUCUGAUUUCAUUGAUUUUUUCCUCCAAAUUCUAAUAGUUAAAAGUCUGCUACAUGGGACAUUUGACUUUGGUGAACAUUGUGCCACCUUUCAAAUAGAUGCCAUUAUUUUUAUGAGAACUGAUAUUCGGCAAUCUCUGUGCAUGUUUCAUUUCCUUAAAAACACCCCAAAACCAGCAAAAAUAAAUGAUGGACUUGUUAUUAGUUCCAUAAAAAUUUUAACGCAAGCAUAUAGUAUACAUGGCCAUUGUUAUGUUGGUAGUAGUUACCCAAGAUAAACCAGCAUACUUCUAAGUGUGUUCCUAGUCAUAGAAUCAUAGAAUAGUAGAGUUGGAAGAGACCACAUGGGCCAUCUAGUCCAACCCCCUGCUGAGAAGCAGGAAAUCGCAUUCAAAGCACCCCCGACAGAUGGCCAUCCAGCCUCUGCUUAAAAGCCUCCAAGGAAGGAGCCUCCACCACAGCCCCGGGGAGAGAGUUCCACUGUCGAACAGCUCUCACAGUGAGGAAGUUCUUCCUGAUGUUCAGGUGGAAUCUCCUUUCCUGUAGUUUGAAGCCAUUGUUCCGUGUCCUAGUCUGCAGGGCAGCAGAAAACAAGCUUGCUCCCUCUCCCUUAUGACUUCCCUUCACAUAUUUGUACAUGGCUAUCAUGUCUCCUCUCAGCCUAGUUUAUCAAAUAUAUUUCUUCUUUAUAUAGUAACUGAGCUUUUUAUUAUUUUAUUGUGACAAGGGGAAGAGUGAACACAAAACACAAAGAGGAAAGAAAUCUGUGAAACAGAAGCAUUUUAAGGAACCCCAGUACAACCACUCAUUAGAAAUUUUACAUAAAUGCAUAGGCUUGAAAUGUCACUGAACGUUUGCAAAGAUAAAUGCUAUAAAAAGAAGAGAGAACCUAAAUCAAGUUAUAAAAUGUUUUGUGUCUGGAGGUUUUCUGUGGGCUUACAUGUGAAGAGCGGUGUGUUUUGAUGUCUGUUGUUUGAGGUGGGGGAAAAGAUAUAUAGUUGUAUUUCUUUUUUGCCUGGAAUUUCACGUAAGCCUAAAUGUGCUGCAGAAGGUAUGCGAGUCAGGCGCACAUUUCUCCUGUGAGGCAGAGGAUGUUUUACAAAGGACUGAAAAGGGACUGCUGAGAGGAAAAUAGCCAGCUUUAGAUAAAGCACUGUAACAAAGACUUGUAGUUUUAUGUAUCAUGGUGUCCAUUAAAGCUUAAUAGGGAAGAGUGCAUUGAACCUAGCCAGGCAUAUGUUAUUCAUGUGAAGGAUAAACAUUUAAGGGGAGUGUAGAAAUCAGAAAUCGGGAGGACAUGAUUGUUUAGCUUUUGAAAAAGCUUUACAGGGAAGAUUUUGUUUUCAUCCCCCAUGGAUCUCCGUGCAAGGUAAAAGAAGAGUAAGCCGCAAAUGUUUGGAGCAUAUCAAUGCCGGAAUCCCAGGGGGUUAAAAGCAUUGUAGUAAAAUGAAAGUGGACUGCCUCUAAGUGUGUUCUAUUUUAUACAUACCACUGAGAAGCUGACAAAUGGAAUGAUUUUGAUACUCUGUUCACUCUGAUAAAAUGACACAUCAAUAGCAAAAAAAAAAAACCCUGUUCUUUAAAAAGACGGAAAAAUAAAACACAACAAACUUGUGCGCUCACACGUAUCAUGAAUUUUAAACUGUAGAUUCAAUCCUGGCUUUCAGUCUGUUGGAUUGUUUGUUUAUUUUUCAAAUAUUCCAAUUAAAAUUUGUAGCAGUUAAUUGGAAUAAGGGAGAGAGGGACCGUAACCCUGGUUUUACUACAGGCUUUGUAUCGUACAAAGGGUUAAGUUUUAUAGGGGGGGGGGGAGGAAAUGAAUAAUUCAGCGUUGGGCUUUAUCACUUUGCAUUUUUACUGUCUAUUUUUUUUUUUGGUCCUCUGGAACUUGCUGUGAAAGGUACAGUACGAGGAGUCAGCUGAGGGGGUUGCGAUAAUUUGCACACACACAUCCCUGUCAUUGUUCUGCCUGAAGAGAUGGGGCUGGGUUCAAGGCCACAUGUGCUCCUGUCAUCAUUCACAUUUCUGCUCCAAGUGCAAUACAGAGUGUCAGCUCUCCAUCUGUCUUUGCCUGGCAAAUGCACGCGCCCAGCAUCCUGCCUCCAGCUACACUGCCACAGCCAGUUAGGGAUGGCCCUCCUUGCUUCUCUGCGCUCAUUCCAGAACAGGAGGCGCUGAGUCCCAAAUAAGCUUGCUUUUAGGAGAGAGAGAAAGAGAGAGACAGACAGCGCCUUUUGCAGUGAGCCGGGUUUUAUUCGAGAUGCCUGAUCGCAUUGAGAAACAUUCCACAAUGCCAGACUCACCUGUGGAUGUGAAGACGCAAUCCAGGCUGACGCCCCCAACAAUGCCACCUCCUACUACUACCCAAGGAGCCCCAAGAACCAGCUCUUUCACACCCACAACGUUAACCAAUGGCACAAGUCAUUCACCAACUGCAUUAAAUGGGGCUCCUUCACCACCCAAUGGCUUUAGUAAUGGCCCAUCAUCUUCCUCCUCAUCAUCUUUGGCUAAUCAGCAGUUACCACCAGCUUGUGGAGCUAGACAGCUUAGCAAACUGAAGAGAUUUCUUACAACACUACAGCAGUUUGGCAAUGACAUUUCACCAGAGAUUGGGGAGAGAGUGCGUACUCUGGUACUAGGACUUGUGAACUCUACUUUGACAAUUGAAGAAUUUCAUUCCAAACUGCAAGAAGCUACUAACUUCCCACUGCGACCUUUUGUCAUCCCAUUUUUGAAGGCCAAUCUGCCCUUGCUCCAGCGGGAGCUCCUGCACUGUGCAAGGCUGGCCAAGCAGAACCCCGCCCAGUACCUCGCUCAGCAUGAGCAGCUGCUUCUGGAUGCCAGCACCACCUCACCUGUUGACUCCUCAGAGCUGCUUCUCGAUGUGAACGAAAACGGGAAGAGGCGAACUCCAGACAGAACCAAAGAAAAUGGCUUUGACAGAGAGCCUUUGCACUCAGAGCAUCCAAGCAAGCGGCCGUGCACUAUUAGCCCCGGCCAGCGGUACAGUCCAAAUAAUGGCUUGUCUUACCAGCCCAACGGUCUGCCUCACCCCACUCCGCCUCCACCUCAGCAUUACCGUUUGGAUGAUAUGGCCAUUGCCCACCACUACAGGGACUCAUACAGACACCCCAACCACAGGGACCUCAGGGACAGAAACAGACCUAUGGGGUUACAAUGCACACGGCAAGAAGAAAUGAUUGAUCAUAGGCUAACAGACAGAGAAUGGGCAGAAGAAUGGAAACACCUUGACCAUCUCUUGAACUGCAUCAUGGAUAUGGUGGAAAAAACAAGGCGAUCACUCACUGUGCUACGGCGAUGUCAGGAAGCUGACCGGGAGGAACUUAAUUAUUGGAUACGACGGUACAGUGAUGCAGAAGAUUUAAAAAAAGGCAAUGGUAGCAAUCAUUCCCGGCAGCAGAGUCCAGUGAAUCCAGAUUCCAUCCCUUUAGAUUCUCAUCGGGAAUUCCUUCACCGGCCUGCUUCUGGAUAUGUGCCAGAGGAGAUCUGGAAGAAAGCUGAGGAAGCAGUCAAUGAAGUAAAACGUCAGGCAAUGACUGAGUUGCAGAAGGCAGUGUCAGAGGCAGAACGAAAAGCCCAUGAUAUGAUUACUACAGAGAGAGCAAAAAUGGAGCGCACAGUAGCAGAAGCAAAGCGGCAGGCUGCGGAAGAUGCACUAGCUGUGAUCAAUCAGCAAGAGGAUUCUAGUGAGAGUUGCUGGAACUGUGGCCGUAAAGCUAGUGAAACCUGCAGUGGAUGCAAUACAGCGCGAUACUGUGGCUCCUUUUGUCAGCAUAAGGACUGGGAGAAACAUCACCACAUCUGUGGACAGACACUUCAGGCCCAGCAGCAAGGAGAGACACCAGCAGUCAGCUCGUCCGCAACACCCAACAGUGGAGCCGGGAGCCCCAUUGACACACCACCAGCAGCUACUCCUAGGUCAACCACCCCUGGAACUCCAUCCACCAUAGAAACAACUCCUCGCUAAGACUGAACACAGAACUACUUCAGAAAAAAACAAGCAAAAUACAAAACAAAACAAAAUUCCUCAUCCUCAGAUGCUCAAUUUUUUUUACAAAAACUGUCAGAUUUCAAUACUACAAGAAAACUUGUAUCUUGAGGUAGAUGUAAAAAAAAAAAAACCAGAAGGCCAGUAACGGGUCACAGUGACUUCUUGUGUAUUACAAAGAUGUCUUUUCUUUAGGAAACUGAGAAGAGCAGAUAAUUUAACACACACAAAAUGAUAGAUUUGACCUCCUCCCUGUUAUUUUCCAGUAGCUGGGAUUUUAAACUAGAUGACCUCAUUAAUAGAUGCUU